GCUCCCACAGCCAGCCCAUAGCUAGCCCUACCAGAGUGUGUGUGAGAGAGAGAGAGGAGAGAGAGGGCGAGAGAGAGAGAGCGCGAGGCGCGAGCAGAACCCGCGCAGAAAAGCAACUACCUCCCCUCCCUUUCUGGCCCGCACCGCCCUCGCCCUCGCCCUCGCAAGAUCCCCAAUCUCGCCGCAGGUUUCUCGCCGCAGGUUUCUCGCCGGAGCGACCACCACCGCGGCGCGGGCUUGCCGAUUCCGCGGCCCGCAGUUCUCUCCAUGCUGCUGCUGUGAGUCCCGCGAAUCGAUUCGAGCUCUGUUGGCGUGGAGGAGGCCGCCCGAGCCGCGGCCAAGGCGCGCGCAUUGCGAGGAUUGUGACGUAUUUCAUAGAUGACGAGGGCUGCAACUCUUUAUGGGGCCAAGACACAGACUGAGACCCUACGGCCAGGGCCAUUGCGUCCAGCAAAUAUCAUCAGGAGUAAAUUUCCUACAUACAAGAAUGGUUCAAAUGGUAUAGUGAUCAAGCUGGCUGAUGGUCCAGAAAUACCACCUCUCAAGGAGAUUGUUGCAAAGGAGACUGCAGAUCUACUUGAUCGUCGUCAGCGUCUCUCUGUCCGUGAACUUGCAAUGAAGUUUGAGAAGGGUCUCAAUACUGCUACGCUGUUGUCGAAUGAGGUUAAAUGGAGACAAGUAGCUUUACUGGAGAGGGAUAUCCUUUUGAAGAAUCUAAAGAGUGUAUUAGAGUCACUGAGAGGUCGGGUGACUGGCAAAACUAAGGAUGAAAUCGAGGAGUCUAUAUCUAUGGUGGAGAUCCUUGCAGUUCAGCUCUCCAAAAGAGAAGCUGAGUUGCUUCAGCAAAAAGAAGAGGUCACGAAAUUAGCAAAAUCAUUAAAGCAGGCUUCUGAAGAUGCAAAGAGAAUUGUUGAAGAAGAAAGAGCUAAUGCCCAUACAGAGAUAGAAAGUGCUAAGGAUGCUGUCCAAAGAGUUCAGCAAGCAGUUCAGGAGCACGAGAAGAUGUGCCAAAGUACUGGGAAGCAAGACAUGGAUGAACUAAAGAAAGAAGUUAGAGAGGCUCGAAGGAUCAAAAUGUUGCAUCAGCCAAGCAAGGCAAUGGAUCUGGAAAACGAAAUACGGAUUUUACGUAAGACAUUUGCUGAGAAGUCCACAGAUUGUGUUAAUCUCUUGAAAGAGUUGGAACUGCAUAAAAGGUUAAAAGAAAAUAGUACCCCAUCAUUCGAUUUGGAGGGUCUCCAAUGCUUAGGCUCAGUCCUAUGUAUAGUUGCUCUGAGUGGUACUCACAUGGAUUUGUCAAAUAUUUCAAUCCAGUGGUUCCGCAUACACCCAAAAGAAAGCAACAAAGAAAUAAUUUCAGGUGCCACAAGACCAGUAUAUGCUCUAGAGCCACAUGAUGUUGGACGCUAUUUGCAAGCUGAAAUUGAUGUUGGUGGUGAAAUUGCAGUAGCAAAGACAGCUGGGCCAGUAGACCCUGAUGCUGGAUUGGUGGAUUAUGUGGAGACACUCGUAAGGAAACCUGAAACGGAGUUCAAUGUUGUUGUGCUUCAAUUGAAUGGCAUUGAGCAGCCAAAAGAGUCAGUUCAUGUUCUCAAUGUCGGAAGACUGCGGAUGAGACUUACUAAAGGGAAGUCAGUAGUUGCCAAGGAAUUCUAUUCCUCAUCUAUGCAGUUAUGUGGUGUUAGAGGUGGUGGUGAAGCAGCCUCUCAGGCAAUCUUUUGGCAACCCAGAAACGACCUCAGCUUGGUGCUGGCCUUUGAGACCGCUCGAGAACGUAACACAGCCAUCAUGCUUGCUCGGCGAUUCGCUAUAGAUUGCAAUAUCAUCCUUGCUGGGCCAGGUGACAAAACUCCCUGGUAGAGGAAGGUGGCACUGGUAGUGCUCCUCAUAUCCAAUGGCUCCUGUCGGUCUGCGACCCGUGCAGUGAUGUACAUUUGCGUGCACAGCGUGUUUGCAUCAGUUCUUCCUAGUUUCUUGUUCAGUCUGGGCUGUUCUGCUCUUCCUCGUGCUGUAGGUUUCUGAAAGAAGGCGCCGUGCGCACCGUUUUAACCACCUCGGCGCCAUCUUUCUAUCUCACUGUGCUGUGUUUUUUCAGUUGCGAGCGUUGUGAUCUGUUGCUAGCUGUGACAGCUAAGCUUGAUGCGGAACACAUCUAAUUGUGUUUGACAUAUGUUAGUGUUGAUGUUGAAGCAGUGGUAGGUAAUAACUAAUAUGCAUGGGGAACAAAACCUUACCACCCGCCUUAGUGUCUCUUGUUGAAUGAUACAACUGUACGAUAAGGUUUGAAAUACAACUGUAAUAUGUAACUCUAAUUUCUAUGGUUGAAAUGAUAGUUCUUGCCUAGUUUCUAAAUUUUAA